CCUCCCGAAGGCUUCUGAAGUGCAGCACCUCCUAAGGCUGCCCCAAGCAGCUCUCUCCCCGACCAUGCGCGCUGUUCCUCUGCCCCUGAGCCCGACAGCAAGCCUCAGCCUUGGCUUCUGGCUCCUGCUUUCUCUCUGCCUGGCCCCAGGCCAAGCCAAGGAGUUGAAGUUUGUGACAUUGGUGUUUCGGCAUGGAGAUCGAGGUCCCAUCGAGACCUUUCCUACCGACCCCAUUACGGAAUCCUCGUGGCCACAAGGAUUUGGCCAACUCACACAGUGGGGCAUGGAACAGCACUACGAACUUGGAAGUUAUAUAAGGAAAAGAUACGGAAGAUUCUUGAACGACACCUAUAAGCAUGAUCAGAUUUAUAUCCGGAGCACAGAUGUCGACAGGACUUUGAUGAGUGCUAUGACAAACCUUGCAGCCCUGUUUCCUCCAGAGGGGAUCAGCAUCUGGAAUCCUAGACUGCUCUGGCAGCCCAUCCCAGUGCACACCGUGUCUCUCUCUGAGGAUCGGUUGCUGUACCUGCCUUUCAGAGACUGCCCUCGUUUUGAAGAACUCAAGAGUGAGACUUUAAAAUCUGAGGAAUUCUUGAAGAGGCUUCAUCCAUAUAAAAGCUUCCUGGACACCUUGUCGUCGCUGUCGGGAUUCGACGACAAGGAUCUUUUCGGAAUCUGGAGUAAGGUUUAUGACCCUUUAUACUGCGAGAGUGUUCACAAUUUCACCUUGCCCUCCUGGGCCACCGAGGACGCCAUGAUUAAGUUGAAAGAGUUAUCAGAAUUAUCUCUGCUGUCACUUUAUGGAAUUCACAAGCAGAAAGAGAAAUCUCGACUCCAAGGGGGCGUCCUGGUCAAUGAGAUCCUCAAGAACAUGAAGCUUGCAACUCAGCCACAGAAGUACAAAAAGCUGGUCAUGUACUCCGCACACGACACUACCGUGAGUGGCCUGCAGAUGGCGCUAGAUGUUUAUAAUGGAGUUCUGCCUCCCUACGCUUCUUGCCACAUGAUGGAAUUGUACCAUGAUAAGGGGGGCCAUUUUGUGGAGAUGUACUAUCGGAAUGAGACCCAGAACGAACCCUACCCACUCACGCUGCCAGGCUGCACCCACAGCUGCCCUCUGGAGAAGUUUGCGGAGCUACUGGACCCGGUGAUCUCCCAGGACUGGGCCUCGGAGUGUAUGGCCACAAGCAACCACCAAGUGCUAAGGGUUAUCCUCGCCACUACGUUUUGCCUGGUAACCGGGAUCCUGGUGAUACUUCUGCUUGUCCUCAUCCGCCAUGGGCCCUGCUGGCAGAGAGACGUGUAUCGGAACAUCUGAACAGACAGCUGACCUCGGGGACGUCUCCUCAAUGAAGCAGCACCGGCAAGAAGCUCUUCUGCCAUGCAGGCUCUGUCCUGCCUAUGCCCUCCCUUUAGAAGUUGCCUAGAGUUGAUGUGAGCUCAGUGCCACGGGGGAGAGAGUGCAGAGCUGGCAGGUUAGUUAUGUCUCCUUCCCACUGAGCUGCUCACAGGGCUAAGACAGGACUCUUGCAAGGGAGGCCUCUGCUCUCUUACACAGAGGUCCUGAAAGAAGAAGCCAAAUUCCAACCCACCUUGUGACUAUGAAGACGAAAGGGAGAGAAAGUGGGGCCAGGAUUUAGGUUAGAACGCACUAGGUAACUCGGAAUGCUAGACUAGAAGUAGAAGAUCCACAGAAAAAUGACUUUAGUUAUGCAAUACGCUUAAUUCUCAUUCUCUCUCUCUCUCUCUCUCUCUCUCUCUCUCUCUCUCUCUCUCUCUCUCACAAUUCAAACCCAGCAUUUCAUAACUGACAAAUGUCUGUGUGUACAUCCAACACACACACACAUAUAUCCGUAUUUAGAAUGUCUUUAGGUGACAUGUUCGAUUCUUGGAAACUGUAACAUCAUUUACUUUAAGCACAGCUCUGGUCAUUUUCUCUCAGUUUCCAUACAGAGAAAUAACUGAAAACCCAUGAGAUAAGUUCACCUUCCCCACCCCCCUCACUGCCUUAUUUUUAUGCAGUGGGUAGUACAUUCACUUUAAAAUUAUGAUAUCUUAUACUUACGGGCUGUUCGUGGCUACUAUGAAAUGAUUUUUGUUUUUACUUAUUUAUUUUUUACUGUCAUGCCAGACUUCGAAAUCCCUGGGUCUAACACAAGCUCGGAGAGUACCCUAUAUGAAUUAUGCCCUUAGUCUUCUCUGACUUUUAUACAGUGCCAACACAGAAAGUAAAGUACCCCAUGGGGGGUGACAACCUGCUGGCUUAAGUCGUAUUUCUUAUUCUAAAGUAGAAAACUCUAGACAAGAUGAAUGCAGAAGUCACAUCCAGAUUUCAUUUUCCAUGAACAGUUUUAUUCUGCUUUCACUACAGAUGAGUCAGGGCCCCAUCAAACCCCUCCAUGACUGGCACCACCCAUGAAGUCAUUAGGAAAAAAGGACAAAAUGUACUUUAUAGCAUGACAAUCCGCUCUGGACACACAAGCAUUCCGCUGGUGAUAAAUUCGAUCUCGUUCUUCAGUGGGUUGCCCUACUUCCUUGGGGUUGCUUAAAGAUCUCGAAAUAUACCUGAUGUCCAUGCUCACUCUCCACCCACAUGUGCUCUUCUGCAGAAAAACCUAGACAUUCAAGCUCCCAAGGCCACACUCAGGAUUCACUUUGCAGGACUGUCUAGAUGUGGGAUGCUGGGACCUUUGACCUGCUCUCCACUCAGAUCCCCACCGCAUCCCUCGAGCCCCAGAAGCUCUUCUGUUAAAUACCACUCGCUCAGAGGCAGGUGGAUUUCUGAGUCUGAGGCCAGCCUGGGCUACAGAGUGAGUUCCAGUACAGCCACGACUACACA